AUGGCUGGCAGGAUUCGGCAGCCCGUCGACGAGGCGGCGCUGGAGAAGUUCAUUUCUGAAAAUGUACCUGAGAUCAAAACACCAAUUGACCUCAAACAAUUUGGCUUUGGUCAGUCCAACCCAACAUAUCAAAUCACCACUUCCGAUGGCCAGCGUUUCGUGAUGCGCAAGAAGCCACCUGGAAAGCUUCUCUCCAAGACAGCUCACAAAGUUGAGCGCGAGUACCGCAUCAUGCAUGCUCUCGAGAAUACAGAUGUCGCUGUCCCCAAGACGUACUGCUUAUGCGAGGAUGACUCAGUUAUCGGAACACCAUUUUAUAUCAUGGAGUUUCUCGAUGGCCGUAUUUUUGAGGACUUCACGAUGCCUGGCGUAGAGCCUGUAGAGCGUGAGGCCAUGUGGCGCGAUGCUGUGUUAACCCUGGCUCGGUUCCAUGCAGUUGAUUACAAGAAGGUUGGGUUGGAGAAGUUUGGUAAACCGUCGGGUUUCUAUCCUCGACAGAUCAAUACUUGGGUGACGAUUUGCGGAAACCAGGAAAAGGCUGUCGAUAUCGAGACCAAGGAACCAGUUGGGAAGUUGCCGCACUUUGAAGAGACUGUGCGUUUCUUUAAGAAUGAGCGACACCAGCCCAAGGAUCGGGCAACGCUUGUGCAUGGCGAUUACAAGAUUGACAAUCUGGUGUUUCACAAGACGGAGCCGAGAGUGAUUGGAAUAUUGGAUUGGGAAAUGUCUACCAUUGGUCAUCCUCUCUCUGACAUCUGCAACUUUCUCACCAAUUUCUAUUCGGCCAGGUCCCCCGGUGUAAUUCCAUACGACGCAUCAGGAUUCCUCCCCGACAAGACGGAUGGUCUUCCGCAGCCGGAGAAGAUCCUAAAGUGGUACGCAGAGGAAAGUGGCUAUGACGCUCGGCCGGAGGUGCCGUGGGGCAUGUCAUUUAGCAUCUGGAAGCUGGCGGGUGUGUGUCAGGGCAUUGCAGCGCGUUAUGCGCUUAGGCAGGCGAGCAGUGAAAAGGCGAGACAGCAUGCUGAGACGAGGGGAUUGUUGGCCGAGUUUGCCUGGGCUCUGGCUCAAGAGGCUGGCGCUGAUGAGACUGUGGCAAAGUUACAUUACAUUGACUUACUCACUCACUGGACGCCUCAAUUCAUGGCGGGCAAUACUCGCCGGCGCAUCACAUUGCCGGACCCUUCAGCGGAUGAACGCCGUCCUUUGUUACCGAGUAGGCUCAGUACUGGCGUCGGCCCAGAGAACCGCGAAGCCCUGUAUAGCUGCAUGACAGACCCCCAUAGCCAUUUGCCCGUGUAUACCAACAUUCAUCGUAUCCGUCGCGAUAUCAUCAGCGUCGUUGAGGAUUACCUGAGCCUCGCCCAGCUGCAGGACCUGAGAAUUAAUGUGACAGUCGUCCGGCCACUGGUUGAUAAGUUCUUCGGCCUCAACGACAUUUCUAUCAUCUACUGCUUGCUGGUCAAUCGUGCACAGUUCCUGGAUGAGCAAUCUCACCUGAACAAUCGCCACAAUGUUAACUUCACCCGUGCCACUCUAUGUGAGCUCAUUGCUACGCGCAUCCUACGCCGCUUUGGUGAAAUGCACGAUGACGGCCACGACGGCCUCCUCUUACUCGCUCAUAUCCUCGUUGCAGGCUUCGAACCCUUCCAGAAUGCCCCUGACGAGAUUCGGGACGAGGCAGAAAGGACAACUUCCUGGGUUGAUUAUAAGACACUGCCCUCUUUAGAGAUUGCCAUCGUCACAGAGAGCAAGCACUUCCUCAGCUCAGCGACUUGUGAAAAGGUCGUCAACGCAAUCUACGAAGGUCGAAUUGUUUAUACUCCUUCGACGUUCUGGGACAUCAUCCCCGAUCACUACAAGCUGAAGCCCAUCUCUAUCUAUGACCCUCGCGACUCGCCCCUCCUCAACCAGUACCGUCUGAUCGUCCCUCGUACCCGGAAUGUUCUCGAGUCCAUCCAAUUUGCCACGCUGCUCGCUCUCUACGUUGCGGUCAUGGUUCUUAGAAGGAAGAACCGCUAUGGGCCAACUGAAGCUGCUUUUUCCAUCUUUGCCUUUGGAUGGGGAUUGGAUCAGUUUGCUACUAUUUUGGCACACGGAUGGAAUGUGUAUACCCAAAACCUCUGGUCAUUCCUCGAUGUAACCUUUAUCCUCAUUUACUGGGGAUAUCUCGUCCUACGAUUCCUAGGUUGGAAAUUGGGCGAUACCAACUUGGACGAGCAAGCAUUUGAUGUGCUUGCGCUCGCAGCUCCCGUACUAGUUCCACGUCUGGCUUUUAACCUGCUCAGCGACAACUUGGUAUUCUUGUCUCUCAGAUCAAUGGUGGCCGACUUUUUCUUCCUUACAGCCCUCUCCGCCUGGUGCUUCUUGGGCUUCUUGCUUUCUCUACUUUGGCUUGGCGAGGGAGCACACCCUAUUCUGACAAUAUCGAAAUGGAUGAUAUACAUCUGGUUUGGGUUAGAUGGCACGGGUAUCCAACGAUCAACCGAGUUCCACUGGCUGUUGGGACCCAGUGUUAUGGUUGCGUUUGCUUUCUUAGGCAACACCCUCUUCCUUACCAUCCUGGUCUCCAUGUUAUCCAACACCUUCAGUAACAUCUCUGCAAACGCUAUACAAGAGAUCAGCUUCCGACGAGCUGUGCUCACCCUCGAAGGCGUCAAAGCAGACGCUGUGUUUGCAUACCAACCCCCCUUCAAUAUCCUUGCUGUGUUCUUGUUCGUCCCUCUCAAAUUUGUUGUAAGCCCGCGCUGGUUCCACAAGAUUCACGUUGCAGCCGUCAAGAUCUUGAAUCUGCCCCUGCUUCUUAUCAUCGCCGUUGCUGAGCGUCGCUUGCUCUGGCCUGCCCAUACAAUUGAGGACCCUAGCGAGAUCAAAGCUCCGCCGCCGACCAAGAGCCAGUUCUGGAAGAAAUGGCGGUUGACGGUCCAUCGAGAUCUACGUGCUGUGUUCCAAGUCCCACCACCUGACACCGUACACGACGAUAUCGCUGUCGACGAUGACCUCACUCACCAUCUCAUCCGUCGCCAGUUCACGCGUGGAGCUACAAAUGAGAUAGAGCCGCGGAAUCCUGAACCUCAAGCCCACGCCCACGCUCGUCCUGAUCCUGGAGGCCGACGCCCAUCGAGACGAGACUCCAUGUUCCCAGGCAUUCCACCACAGAAACUACGUGGAUCUUUCUCCGAAAAUGAUAUGUUUGAGGGGACAUCAGAUCGAUUGGCUAAAAUGGAAAAGUCGAUACGGCGCAUGGAGGCUAUGCUGUCGCGCCUAGUACCAUCUAUUGACGACGCCAUCAGUGACUCGGAGCUGGAGGAGAGCGGCACAUUGAGAGGGGAGAACACGGCAGAGUCCUCAUUUAGAAGAGUGGAAGACCAAGAGUCAUGA